AUGACUUUUCGUCAAAUCACCUCAUCAACCGAACAGUUCGUCUUCCAUGCUGUCAUCAACUACCUCGACUCGAUCCUCACCCACCUGGGUUCUAUGCUGAGUCACUAUGUGCUCGCUUCCAUAGGAAUAAAAGACAUUGAUUCUACCUUUAAUACUGCAAUCCGAGUUUAUCAUUCUGGCCUUUUACCAAUUCUCAAGAAAACUGUAGAGAUCUUCUUCGGAAAGGAAUUGCUGAAGACUUUGUUCGCAACCGAAACAUUCUCGUUGGGCUUGGAUAUGCCAGCUAGGACUGUGCUGCUUAUGUCGGCUCGAAAAUUUGACGGAGCAGACAAUAGGUGGAUUACGUCUGGAGAGUACAUUCGAAUGUCCGGAAGGGCAGGACUGCGAGGAAAAGACGAUCGAGGUUUUGUGAUCUUGAUGGUGGAUCACAAAAUGAGUAGUGAAGAUGCAAAGCAAAUUACCAAGGUAUGUUCCGACUUAUUUGGCGAAUCCAGUUGCAAAGGAUCCACUAAACUCACAUUUUCGUCUUAUAAUAUGGUGCUGAAUCUUCUGCGGGUAGAGGGCGUAAAUCCAGAGCUUAUGCUAGAAAGGUCCUUCUACCAGUUCCAAAAUUAUGAUCCAUCCCAGGUCUUAAGAAGAGUGGGUUUUAUGCGUUUGAUCUAUUUCAAUCUUUCUGUCUUCCCUGCAACGCAAGAGAAAGCUAUUGAAAUAGAAAAUAUGCACUUAGAGCUUGAACGAGACAUAACUGCUUUCUUCAACAUGGAGAAGCAGGUAUUUAUGGGCUUCAGUAGUGAUAGCAUUGAUGAAAAUCAUAGCUUAGCCGAACUACAGCCGAUCUCUGAGCGGUCUAUGUGA